UGCGGGGGGUGCGGCUCCCGAGCCCCGGCCCUGCCCCGGCGGGCAGAGCGGCCUGUCCCGCGGCCCCGGGCCCGGCCCCGCCGUCCCUGAGCUUUGCCCCCCGGGUCCCGCUGAGGCGUGUCCGCCCGCCCCGGGGGCGCUGGGCCUGCCCCGCCGCGCCCUGGCGCUCCGGUCGCUCUCGGGACGUGCUAAGGACGCGCCGGGGAGCUCAAGCGCUUCUCGCGGGGAGAGGAACCCGCAGCCCGGGGCCCGGCGGGCGGGGAGGGCCGCGCGGGGCGGGCAGAGCCGGGCGGUGCCGACCCCCCCGGGCCCGGCUUCCCGUGCUGCUGGCCGGGGCCGCGCGGGGCGGGGCCCGGUGACCGGCCCUGCCCGGCCCCGCUCCCGGGGACCCCCCGGUGAGGCGCGGCUGCUCGGGAGCCGCUGACCCGCUGUGCCCCGUCCCGCUCGCAGCCCGCCUGCCUGAUGCCGCAGCGGAAGCCGGGGCUGCCGCGAUGGAGCGCGGGGAUGGAGGCCACGCUCUGCAUCCGCACCUGCCUCUGGCUGAGCGCUGCCUGGAUCCCGCUGGCCGCGCCGGGACCGGCGGGUGCCGGGGAGCGCCCUGAGGGGCUGAGCUGGGCGGUCAGCCUGGACGCCCCCGAGGAGGAGCUGGAGCAGCGGGCGGAGGAGCUGGCCCGGGCGGCGGGGCUGGUGAACAUGGGCCGCGUCGGGGAGCUCCGCGGUCAUUACCUCUUCUCGUACCCGCCCCGCGGCCGCGCGGCCGCCCCGCCCGAGGCCGUGCGGAGGUGGGUGGACGCUCUGUUUGCACAGCACGACAGCGUGAGGUGGCACUCGGAACAGAAGCUCCUGAAGCGCUCCAAGCGCAGCCUGCACUUUAACGACCCCAAGUACCCCCAGCAGUGGCACCUGAACAACCGCAAGAGCCCCGGGAAGGACAUCAACGUCACCGGCGUCUGGGAGCGGAACGUGACGGGCAGCGGCGUCACCGUGGUGGUGGUGGAUGAUGGUGUGGAGCACACAGUCAAGGACAUCCAGCCAAACUACAGCCCAGAAGGCAGCUAUGACUUGAACUCCAACGACCCUGACCCUAUGCCUCACCCUGACGAGGAGAACGGCAACCACCACGGGACCCGCUGCGCCGGGGAGAUCGCGGCCGUGCCCAACAACAGCUUCUGCACCGUGGGAGUCGCCUACGGGAGCCGCAUCGCGGGCAUCCGUGUGCUGGAUGGGCCCCUCACAGACAGCAUGGAGGCCAUUGCCUUCAACAAGCACUAUCAGAUCAACGACAUCUACAGCUGUAGCUGGGGUCCAGAUGAUGAUGGGAAAACCGUGGAUGGCCCCCACCAACUGGGAAAGGCUGCCCUGCAGCACGGGGUCAUCGCCGGCCGCAGGGGCUUCGGGAGCAUCUUUGUGGUGGCCAGUGGCAACGGGGGGCAGCACAACGACAACUGCAACUACGACGGAUACGCCAACUCCAUCUACACUGUCACGAUAGUGGACGAGACGGGCUCCAUGCCGUUCUACGCUGAGGAAUGUGCCUCCAUGCUGGCCGUGACCUUCAGCGGCGGGGACAAGAUGAUGAGGAGCAUUGUGACGACAGACUGGGACCUGCAGAAGGGCACGGGCUGCACGGAGGGUCACACCGGGACCUCGGCUGCCGCUCCCCUCGCGGCCGGGAUGAUCGCGCUGAUGCUGCAGGUGCGGCCCUGCCUCACCUGGAGGGACGUCCAGCACAUCAUUGUCUUCACUGCCACCAAGUAUGAGGAUCAUCACGCCAAGUGGGAUGUCAACCAGGCCGGCUUCAGCCACAGCCACCAGCACGGCUUCGGCCUGCUCAACGCCUGGAGGCUGGUCAAUGCUGCCAAGAUCUGGGAGUCUGUCCCCUACCUCGCCUCGUAUGUGAGCCCUGCACUGAAGGAGGGCAGGAACAUCCCCUUGCUCCCACAGGAGCUGGAGGUCGCCUGGAACGGUAAGAGCAGAAGGAGCUGUGAGCUGAGCCCUGGGCAGGCAACAGUGUGGGAAAGGCAGAAAAGAGGCACUUUGGGGAAGAGCGGGCAGAGGAAUGUGUGGCUGGGAGCACUACUGUCCCCCACAGUCACCACCGCCGACCUGGAGCUCUCUGGCAUGAGAACCCUGGAGCACGUGGCAGUCACCGUCACCAUAACCCACCCCCGCCGUGGCAACCUGGAGAUCAGGCUCUUCUGCCCCAGUGGGAUGAUGUCCCUGAUAGGGACCACCAGGAGCAUGGACUCGGACCCCAAUGGCUUUGCUGACUGGACCUUCUCCACCGUCCGGUGCUGGGGUGAGGAAGCACAGGGCACGUACAGACUGGUCAUCAGGGACAUCGGAGAUGAGAGCUUGAGGCCUGGCACCUUGAAGCAGUGGCAGCUGACCCUGUAUGGCUCCUCCUGGUCCCCAGCAGAGAUGAAGGAGCGGCAGAGGUUGGACAUCCCAGCCCCAUCGUGUGGGGAGGCAGGAGGUGGAGGGCGAAGGGACAUGGUCAGCAGUCUCUGCAGUGUUGCUGCCAGGUGCAUGGCAGGGCUGCUGGAGGAAGCCAUGAGCGGGCGCUACCUGAGCAGCGACUUCUCCCUGCCCUGCCCCCCGGGGCUGGAGAUCCCCGAGGAGCAGCACUACACCAUCACAGCCAACACCCUCAAGACCCUCCUGCUGCUGGGAUGCUUUGCUGUGUUCUGGACUUUCUACUACAUGCUGGAAGUUUUCCUGACCAGGAACAACGUGGGGCUUGACGUGACCUGCAAUGGCUCCCCCACCUGCAGGUGGUACCAGCAGGGAGGGAAGCACAGAGCCCUGGAGAGCGGCCUGGAGAUGGAGUCGGUGCCGCUCUACCGUGAGAAGGACGUGGAUGACGUGGAGAUGGAGUGUGAGCACCCGGAGCCUGCCCAGGAGGACCAGAGGGAGGAGGGGUCCUGGACACCCACCCACCCCACACUUCCCAGUAACGGCAGAGCCACGACCUUCCAGGAGGCAUCCUCAGCUGGAGCAGGGUACCUUGGCCGGGAGGCGAUGGCCGAGCUCCUCUCGGAGGACAGGGAGCUCCAGACCUGCUAGCUGGGGCUGGGCCUUUGGGCUGUGUCCCUCCCCAUCGGUACGUCCUUGCCAAGCAUGGGCAGCAGAGACUUCCUGAGCCACCCGUCCCAUUGCUGCUGUUUUCUGUGGAAGGUGGUGUUGGAAGUGGCUCAGAACCAGGAGAAAGAGUGCUGGCAGUGGAAGGGGAGCUUCCCUUUCCCUCGCUCUGGAAAACAAAGCAAGCCUUAAUCCCAUUCCUAACGGAGCCUGCCCUGCAGCCACGCUCAGGGCUUCCCUUGGUGCAGGGAGCAAGGCCCCAGACUGGUGCCUGCCAGGCACGUGGUGGCCACGGUGGAGCUCCACGGAGUCCUCUGCCCUCUGUGGCUCCCACAGCCUUGCAGCACAGGGAAGAAGUGUCACUUUGUCCUGAUUUCUGCACAGUGAGCCUGGAGAAUGUGGCAGGGCCCCUGGCAGCUGCCUCUGCAGGUAAGGACCCUGCAGCACUGUCACUUGCCUGUCCCGCUGGGCCACGCGCUGGUCCAGACCCACCAGUUACGCCCAGCUUAGCCAGAGGGAGCCAACCAUGCUUGUUCCCUGGCCCCUCUGCCUCGACCCGCCACCUCCUCUCCCACAGCUGGGCAGCUGGAAGGCAGAGCUUGGACCAUCCUGCUCAGGUGGGCAGGAAGGGCUGUCCCUGCCAGGGGGGCCUCAGCUUGUGCCCAGUGCCGGGAGGGCUGAGCCACGGCUGCUGUGGGCUGGGGAGGUGGAGUUGCUCUGGCAGUGGCUCAUGAGUGAGCAGGGCUGGCUUGGUCAUGCCUCUUCGGGUGCAUUGGUUUAUUUUUUUAAAGCUGGGGUUUGUUUUUUAAUCAGCAAAGCCUUUUUGUGUAGCUUUCCAAAUAAAGACUUAAAAACCCUC